CCCGGUGCAGCUCCGAGCGGACAAGCCCACCUUCCUGCUGCCUGCCGCCUAUAUAGAGCAAACCACCCACCGGGGACACACCCAUCUCCAGAUUCCUUUCACUUGGAUAAACACCAGAGCUCUUCGUCGACCAACAACAUCGAUCCAGGCCAAGAUUUGGUACUACUUUACGUCGCAGCACGAGCACACCACGGUCCGCAUAUACAUGGGUAACUUGGUCUCGCAGUGCGUCACGGGCGGCGCAGAGCGCGCGGGGCCGCUGGUCGUCCUGCCGGACGGCAGCCAGUUCCGGCUGGAGGAGCACGCCGGCGUGGCCGAGCUGAUGAUCGAGGCGCCGGGGCACGUUGUUGCCAUAGCGAGGGACGCCGCCAAGGAGCGGCGGCUGCGAGCCCUGGCGGCCGACGAGUUCCUGCGCGCCGGGGAGGUGUACCUCCUCGUGCCCGCCGGGAGGGCCGGGGCGCGGCUGGGCGGUCAGGAGGCGGACGCCAUCCGCCGGCUGGUGUCCGGCAAGAAGGAUGGCAAGGGCAGGGGCAGCAGGUCCGGGAGAAGGAUUUUCCCGGAAGGAGAAGCCGCGAGCACCGAGGGUGGAAAGGAGUCUGCUGAAUGUGCGCUGCUUUGUAGGAUUAGGCCAAGGCAGUGGAGGCCCGCCCUUGACACCAUCUUCGAGGCUUAGAUCGAUCAUGAUUCAUGGCACCCGUCUGUAGGGUAGAAUAGGAAAUCCAAUUCAUUCAUUCGUUUUGUUAUUUUUUGUUGAGUAUUGAUCAUCCUUCUUUUUCAAGCAAGGAGAGAAGGUAUUCGGUUGACGUGUACAUUUGUCUUGUAAACCUUCAACUUAUUUUGGAGUAGAAGGUUGUCAGAGCUAGAAAUAGUACUAAUUGUCAAACCUAAA